GUGAGAACUUCAGCGGAGGCGGCGAACAUCAGAGCAGCGGCGGCGCAGCGUCGAACGCGGAACGACAUCGGUCGUUCGGAUCACCGGGACCCGACGCUGUCAAUGACAGGCUAGCGCAAUGAGAACCUGAGGGACGAAGGAGAAGAAAGAGAAGAAGAGGAGCGCACUGUUCGAUAGGAUCGGAGUACAGGGAAGCAGAGGAAGCAUAGGUCGCGAUGAGCGGGGGCGAGAGUUGAAGGAACUCGCAGCAGCAGCAUACGACGACUAGCGCCAACCUGCCACCGCCUCGUCCACUGCGACCAGCCACACCUCUCACAUUAAGAUGACAUAGAAUGGGUUGGGCGGCGCUAGGGCGGCGUGCGGGUGGUGGCGGCCGCCUCUCACCUAUCCUCUCGCUGUCUCUCGCCUCCCUCACAAGCUCCCUCCUCCUAACCGUCCUCUGUAUCCUCACCCUCGCCUUCACACUCGCCACUAUCGUGAGCGCCGAGGACAUUUUCGAGGAGGGCAAGUCGGACAAGGAGAUCCUGGACAAUCUGCUGCUGGCGACGCGCUACGACAAGCGGCUCCUACCCCCGGUCCAAGAUGCGGAUUUCUGCUGCGGGAUGCGCUGGCCCGGCGAUGCGGCGGCCCUCGAGGAGGCUGCAUCUGCAUCAGCUAAUAUCUCCUCUUCCUCCUUCCCAACUUCGACGUCGUCGUCGUCCUCGUCGGGCAGCAUCGACGGAAGCCAAGGCGUCGCUGGCGUUCGCCAGUCCAAGAACCAGAACAAAAACCACCACUACACGCCGCACCAACACCUACGCACCCACCUUCGCGGAACCUUGACCGUUAACGUGAGUGUGCUGUUGCUGAGCCUGGCUUCGCCCGACGAGUCCAGUUUGAAAUACGAGGUGGAGUUCCUGCUGCAGCAGCAGUGGUACGACCCGCGGCUGCGAUACAGCAACAGAUCGCGCUACGAAUUCCUCAACGCCAUCCACCAUCACAACGACAUCUGGCUCCCGGACACGUACUUCAUCAUGCACGGCGACUUCAAGGAUCCCCUCAUACCGGUCCACUUUGCUCUGCGCAUCUAUCGCAACGGCACCGUCAACUACCUUAUGCGGCGGCACCUCAUCCUCUCCUGCCAAGGCAGGCUUAACAUAUUCCCCUUCGACGACCCACUGUGUUCAUUCGCUAUAGAGAGCAUAUCCUACGAGCAGACGGCGAUCACGUAUGUGUGGAAGAACGACGAGGACACGCUGCGCAAAAGCCCGAGUCUGACGACCCUCAACGCGUACCUCAUACAGAAUCAGACAAUCACGUGUCCGAUCAAAGCCAGUUGGCGAGAAAAGUGUGACGCGAAGCGUCGGAAAGCAAUUGCUGACGGACAGCUGAUCGUCGACUACGAGGACGAGUACGAUGAUUUUGGGGACUCAAAGUGCUCGCUGUGCCAGCGCAGGUUUGAGGAGCAAGGUAACUAUAGCUGCCUGAAGGUCGACCUGAUCUUCACGAGAGAUCGAGCCUUCUAUUUCACAACUGUAUUCAUACCCGGCAUCAUCCUCGUCACAAGCUCCUUCAUUACCUUCUGGCUGGAGUGGAACGCCGUUCCCGCCAGAGUUAUGAUCGGCGUGACGACAAUGCUGAAUUUCUUCACAACGUCGAACGGCUUCAGAUCGACACUACCCGUGGUGUCGAACCUCACGGCGAUGAACGUCUGGGACGGCGUCUGCAUGUGCUUCAUCUACGCCAGUCUCCUCGAAUUCGUGUGCGUCAAUUACGUGGGCCGGAAGCGACCGCUGCACAACGUCGUCUACCGGCCAGGCGAGAACCCCGUCACCCAGCGGCUUCCAGCGGUGCUCAGCAGGAUAGGAAUUAUAUUGGCCAGCCCCUUGCUUUUCCUGACUGAUAAAAGCCGCCGCUGCUUGCAAAUGCGACACUUACAUAGUGUUAAGAAGGGCGAAAAGAAGAGGGAAGGCAGCGCGACGGCGACCGGCGGCGGUGGCGCUAGUGGCGGCGCCAGUGGCGGACCCAACGAGAUCGUCACCUGCACCAACUGCGGACCCAAUCCAUGUACCCACACGGCAACCAACGGCUGCGCCGCAGAGGUACUGGCACCACCACAGGUGCGGAAGAAGGAGCCUCCGCAUCCCAUAAGGGUGGCCAAGACGAUCGACGUAAUCGCGAGGAUCACCUUUCCCGCUGCGUACUUCGUGUUCCUCACCUUCUUCUUCAUCCACUACAAAGGAGUUUCCUAGAGUCACGCCUUCCAGGCCUACGACGAACCCCAGCCUCCGCCGUAACGAGUCCCCGCGCACUACUUUUAGUAUAAGGACACGUACGGCUACACCGCUUGCGGGUUACGAACGCGACGUCUGGUGGCCUGACGGCGAAGCUGCGCGGAGACACACACGGACGCUGUCUUACUAUAUACAUUAUGCAUGAUUCAAAUCGCAUCGAGAGAAUGUAUUGAGGGGACACACCGGCUCACUCUGCGCACCUUCUUCAUCUUAUACGGAUUUAUAAUACCUGCAUUGUAAUCUUCUUCUUGAUCUACUUCUUCGUGCUCACUGGCAGAAACGACAAGUAUAAAGCAGAGAAUUAUUAUUAUUAUUAUUAUUAUUAUUAAAUUAUUAUUAUUGUAUUAAGGACUCGAUUAUACUCGGGAUGCUAAAUCAUUGGUGAACGACGAAAGCGCGGUGCUGGUGAUUAAUCGAGAUGGAAGAACCACAAGAACGUCCAGACGAACGAUCGAUUCGUUUGUACAUAGGGGAUAGAAAAAGUUAUUGUUCCGCGUUGAUUGUUGAUAGAGAGAAAGCGUGAGAGACAGCGUGUGAAAGAGAGAAAGAGCGUAUCGACGGUUAUUUAGCGAUUGCGCGGGCGCGCGCUUUACAGCCUUAUAAGAUUUAUACAAUUAUAUGACGAGCACUCGGCGAUUAUUGCGAUAUUAUUGUGUAAUCAUAUUAUUAUUGACUAUUAUCGUUGCGUACGGUUUUUAUUAUAAUUGAAUAUAUAUACAUAUAGUUUUUAUCUACGAAGAUAAAAAACCACAUGGUAAAAGAGAACCGCCGGAGGAGUCAAAAAUUCUCGACUGGGCUAUAUUAUAAAUACGUGUAUCGGGAUUGAUUAUUUGAGCGUGAAGAUUGUGAUCUAUUGUUGCUGAAUAUUUACUGUUAUUAAAUAUAUACACGUCGUCGAGGAGUGGGAGAAAGAUGGAAGCGGCAGAUGUAUAGAGAGAAUAUUUAAGAUACCGAAGAGAAAGAUAUGGGAGAAGUUUUUAAUAUUGUUCUCUGCGUAUAGGAGGAUCAUGAAAGUAUACAUAUUUGACGGGAUAGUUCGGGAGGAUGCAAUGACGCGACACUGUAUCGAAUACGGAAGUUUAGUAGUCGAACCAAAAUGACGUGCAAGUCGCAAUAACAAGCUGCGCUUUACUCGUUAAAUUCACCGGCAAGCGAGUAUAGAGUUCAAUCGAACAUACACCGCCGCUGUGAUCGUUUACGCGAAACAAAAUUUAGAGGGUCCGUAUUCGAAAUCGAUAGGUCACUGUAGAGCUUUCAUCGUUCAAUAACUUAUUUGCGUUUUUAAUGAAUUCUCUGUUCAUUUUUUUUUAAAUUCGAUUCGCAAUACUGGCAUGAUUUUGAGAUCUGUGUUAUACUUUUACAAGCACGAUUAAUUGAUGAUGAUAAAAAUAUUCGAAUAUCGGUGAACGAUAAAUUUUGCAAGCAAUAGCGAUUCCUACUGUUUUCACUCGAAAUAUAACGUGGAGAUGACGGAAAGCAUAGUUACCGCAGUGAAUUUCGAGAAGCAUUUGAAUACGUGAUACACCCACACAUACACGUAUAAUAGUCAAAUACUUUUCCAUUUUCUCAUAAUACUUCAUGUAAUGAUUCUACGGGUAAUAAACGAACGAAUAAUUCAUACCUAAAGCCGUAUAUACUUGACGUCGUCGUUCAAAUAGUUGAGGAUAAAAAAACCUAUAUAAUAAUUACUACAAUGUCUAUAGUCUCCCAUCUUCAAAAAUUAAAGAGCUGUGUCGCCGCACUGCUAAAUACUGUAAUUAAUGUAAUAUCGUCCCUUGCAGUGUACUAUUUUGCAUAUGUUGAUAAUGUUAUCAUAACGCCACGCAGGUAAAUACUUAUUCAUACAGCAAUAUUGCAGACCAAUAUAUGGAAAUCGAUAGGGGAAGGGCUCGUGAUUUUUUACGCGUGCAUAUUCAAGUUGCAGCACAACUCGAUGGCGAAAUGUAAUUUUGUUCUCUGUUCACACGACUGCGCCCCUGCGUAGUUAAUGUACGUUGAUGCAAGUUUGGAAAAUAUUUGAUCUGGAAAAUAUCGAAACAAUGCUUUAUCGAACAUUUUAUUUACAACGGGUGGGCGCGAAUAUUAGGGCGUAAAAAAUCGAGAGCAACGGCGUAUAGUAAGCAUACAUAGCGAAGCAGACAAACCAAGAAAUGCACUAUAACUUUUGUCUUAACAAAACCAAGUAUUAUUACUGUACAUUGUCGUAUAUUUCAGAGAUAUUUCUUCUGAAAGUAACUGCCAAAAACGGUUUAGAAAUAUAGAUGUCACGAGUAUAUUUUUUCACAUCGUGGCGCGAACAUUAAAAAACGUACCUCAACGUAAAGAGUAAAGAUUACUAAGAUUUAUCUUCUAUAAUAAAUUAAAGCAAAGCCAGAAGAGUAGAUGAUGAAUACCGAGAUCAAGGUCGUCAGAAGAUGAUUCAUGCGAAUAUCGAUAUAAUUAUGAACGCGCUUUUGACGCUUGCAUUGACCUCGUGAAAGCUCAAAUUAUACGGUUGGAAGAAUAUUAGAGUCAUUUUCAUUUUAGUUUUUCUGCUCGUUUAUAUGAUGCUUUUUAUUCGUAUACUUGAUUAAUGAAAAAAAUUAUGCAUUUGAAGUAAAACGAACAAAUUUGAUAAGAUUCUGUUGUAUAGUCGUCAUCAAAAAUUUUUCUGAAAUCCAACCGUUAUAUUAAAGCACGAAUAAAAAUAGCUCUAUAGAAAUCUUAAUAAAAAAAAAAUUGAACAUAUUCCAUUAGUGCUUUUAAUGCGAUACAUAACUUCUGCCUUUAAAUUCCGCGAUAAUGUAGAGAAGUUUUACAUUUUCUCAAGGGUAAAACGCGAAGUACGAAGGAGAUGAACCGUGAAAUGUCGUAUUAACGCUUUCUCACUUUUGCGUCAGAAAAAAAAUCUACUCUAAAUUAAGAGCAGUUAUAAGCAAAUUUACUUAACUGUCGUGAAAAAUUUAAGUUGGAUCUUGAUUGAGUUGGCGAUUGUAGAGGAAUCCGGAGCUGAAAUCAUUCUUUCAACAAUUGUGUUCUACGAAAAUAAUUUCAAGCACUGACAUCCAAAAUGAAAAUAAUUUCAACGAACCAUAAAUUCUUUUUUCGUAUCUUGCUGUAUAUUCACCCGCGAAAAAUCUUGCAUCCUACUGCUUUGAUUAAAAUAAAAAAACUCUCUCCUCAUGAUCUUCGUAAUGUUCAAAAGCAAAUCCAUGUAACUUGCUUUGACCGAUAUCAUAGCUAGUGCAAAUGUGAGAAUUUCAGAUCUUUGGUAGGACGUAAAUAUCGGUAAAACUGAGAAGUCGAUCAUCAAAUUUAUCUUUAUAUAGCCGUUUAGGGAGUUUAGCAAGAGUACUUAUAAAACAAACAAAAGCUUAGAGAAUUGUUAUAAUUGAUAAACAACGAAUAUUAAUUGCGCAGCAAGCAACAUCUAAUUACAGUAAUUCGAGAGCAAGUGCUUUAGUCGGUGUUGAAAGCGAGUAAUCAUUGAUCGGUAAAUUCGGGACAAAACACGCGAUUUGGAACACCGACGAUGAUAUACGUAAUUAAAUUUGAGACAACAUUUAGGAUAAGCAAGUAUGAAGUAACCCUUUAUUUCAAAAUGUUAUUUCAAAAUUUUACUGAGGUUUGUAAAUUUUUGUUAUUACAUCAUCGAUAAUUGAUUCACUUCUAAAACUGUAAAAAUUUAUCGUUUGCUCGCGUUAGAUCAGUUUUACAAUAUUUCUAAAAUAACACCUACCUAAUACAUACAAAAUCUCAAAAAUACUUUUGCAAAAUACACUAGAAUAAGAACAAAUGGAUUUACAGUAUAUACACACACACAUAUAUAUACAUAUAUAUGUGUGUGUGUGGGUGUGUGUGUGUGUAUUUAUACCGAUGAUACACGUAUAAAUCUACGUAAACACAUAAACAUCGUCGGUGCGAUUAAUCGAUUCGUUUCUGAAAGUGGACGUUACGAAAAAUUGUACUAUACAUGGAAACAAAGAUAUAAAAAAAAAUUAAAUACAGAGAAUAUAAAAAUGAAACGGAUGUAUUACAAACAUCAAUUAAAUAAAUUUUUAUAUAUACGUCGUGCUGAUAAGUGCAGUCCCUUAGGUAAUAAUAAGCGCUAAUCGAUACUAAUUAAUGUUUAAAAAAAUGUUCCACGGACCAAACACAUUAAUCCUAUACGAGACCUUCAUUGUCAUAUUAGCUGCACUUUAAGACUAGGCUGUGGCCCACACGUGAAUCCUAAAUAUACUUUUACAUGCUUGCACGUUAUGGGGGGAUUACGAUCAUGUUACGUAGUAAAUCAUAAGAAUAAGUAUAUAAGAUUACCCAUCACAGGCAUGUACAUACUAAAAAUAAGAAAAAUUCGCUGGUUAUCUGUUAAUGAAAUAUUUAUUUGUCGAAAAGUUUUUAUUUUUUCAAUCGAUGUUAGAAAUAAUUGUGAUGCAAUUAGUUGUUAAAUCGAUGGAAGACGUUAUAGCUUGCCUAUUUAUUGUUUUAUAUAUUUUUGUAUAUAUAUUUUUUGUUGAAUAUCUGAAGCUCAGCUUAUGUUAUUGAUUUGUUAUGAAAAAAAAAAAACAAAUGAUUACGAAACAAUAUUUUUAUACUGAUUAUGUGAAUGGAUUGCCUCAUAGAGUACAAAAACUAUAAGUUUUUCGAGAUAUUAAAAAAUAUUGCGAUUACUAGUCAUGCGAUUAUUAGUUUCGUGCAAAUAACUAUUAACUAUUUAUGAUUAGAGGAUUAGUAUAAUACCACAAUUUCUCAAUAAUAUAAGAAAUGAUAUUUACUUAUAAUUUUUAUAGUAUCAUUUAUCCGUAUCUAUUCAAAUAUUGUCUAUAAAUGUAUCAAUUAAAUUAAGUAUUUUAUGCCAGUUGUAAAAUAUGAAUCGAAUUAACGCAUAAGCAGCAGAUUAAAUAGCUUAUGAUUCUAUGUACAUGCCUGUCGUAAAAUUUGUAAACGUCAAACGUUCAAUUCAGAUAUUGUCUGUAUAGAAAUAUAUUAUAUACAUAUAUGGGCGCGUCGAAAAAAAUGCGCAUAUAUUUAGAUCAAGUAAUAAAUAGAAUUUCUAUAUAAUUCGUUAGCAGAGCAAAGAUUUACGUAUACGUUUUCAUCAUUCGCAAAGCGCUAAAACUGUAAGCAUAAGAAAAAAAGGAAGUUGAAUAAAUUACCCGAUAAAUCUUGGAUAGAAUCAGAACAUUGACUAUCAGGAUUUGAAUAAAGAAGUAGUAUUAUGAGGAAUAAAAAACAGAACUGUAAUAUAUAAUACUAUUAAUUUAAUUAAACUCUGUAUCGCCGAUAUAUUAUUACUCUUGGCCCACUAUUUCGAUUCUAGGCUCCGUUUCAUUACUCAGCAGUUAUUACGUAACGCAUUACAUUAUAAUAUAAGAAGAUACACAAAAACACAGACACUUACACACUGACACGAGAGAUCAAGCGCGUGAACCCGUGUAUACUAUGGCACCCGUUGCCGCUGCGCGGCAUCCCGAGCCACGGUUUACAGUGUUUAUCCGCGCAGGCGCGCACCCAAAUCUAUAUGUAAUGAAUAAUUAACGAUAAAAUUUAAUAAUUACGAUUAAUCCGUAAGUGUUUUUUCGACGACUCGCUGCGAGCUUACCUGAGCAUGUAUAAUGUUAAACGCGAAAUAAUAUGGAGAAAUCAGUCACGGCCGCGUCUAUACGUAUUACAUUAAGUAGAAAGAAGGGCAUAUAAUAUAGGGCGCGCAAAUUCCACGUACGUUUUUUCCUGAUAUAAUAAACAGAAAGUGUGAGGCUGAGCGACGAAUUAAUGCACCGUAUAUUCUCCGCUCCGUGAACUCUGUGACCAACUUUUUUAUGACAUUGUAAAGUUUCGCAAUAUAUUCUGUGUAAUUUUCUUUUAUCCAAAACGAAGCGAUGCCGACAAAGCGCUGAAACUCCUUGUUUUACUCAUAGGGUAUAACGUCAUCGUUGUCGAAAAUCGGUAAAACCAGAAGCUUCGAAAUUUCACGGCUUCCCCGCAUAUAGUUUUUUUAUGUUGUUUUACGCUAACAAAAGUAUUGUAAUCGUUUUCAUUGUAACAGUAUAUUUUUAUAAAAAAUAUACCUAGAAAUUGUACGAAGCAGUAUUUAAACGUUUGAAACGUAUCCGCAUCUUGUAGAAGUUUACAGAAGCUCAAUUAAAGCAUACGAUGUAAUUGUUAAAUGUAAUUUUACAUUUUUUUUAUCAUUGUAGACAGUUAACUGUUAUGCAUGAAAUUAAAAUUAUUAAAUUCUGCACAAUUAUACGAAUGUAUCAUCAAUUGAUCACCAACUUGUUAGAUAUAUACAUACGUUUGCAGUUGUUCAUUGUCACAGCAGUAUAAUGAAAAAAAAGUUUCAAACAUUUAAAUAACGAAUCAUUCAUUGCAUACCUUUGAAAUAUGACGAUACGUAUAAAAACUGUGUACAUCGAAACUGUUGAAAAAGAUUCUUUAAAAGCUUUAAAAAUUUAUUUUUUUGUUAAACUAAAGAAAGUAAAACAAGAUAUUACACAUAUAAGUUUUUUUAUUAUUCAGAUAAUUUAAAAAUAUGUUAUCUUACUCAUAUAUAGUCUAAAGAAAAAGAAUUUGAUACCUAUGUUCAUCUUUUAUAUAAAUAAAGUCAUCUUGUUGCAAUCAGAAUAGCAUAUUGCAGGCAAUUUCGUUUAUGCUUGCGGUUGACACUUUAAUUAGCUAAUAAUAAGCCAUAUAUAGAACACAAAUUAUAAUUUCGUUAAUCUAUUCUAUAUAUUAAGAUUGUCAGAUGGUAUCUUGCAAUAAUAAAUAUUCAACUUGCUAGUAUGGAAAUGAUAACGAAGACUUCAAAUUCAUAAAAAUUGUUCAAUUUUUAUUUUCAUCAAAAAAAUAUAUAUUAAGAUACGUACUGUGUGUUAUCUGAAUGUAAUUUUCUCGAGCAUUGUAAAUAAUGGAUUAUUUCUUUUAAUUUUUCAAUAAGUAUACCUCUAGCGUUUUCUCGAAAAACCGAUUAGGCUUCAAGCCGAAACUAUGUAAAUAUUAAAAAAAAAAAAUUCAUAACAUGUAUUAAGCGAUUAAGUGAACGCGAUUACGAUCGACUAAGUCAUGUUUUAGCACGUCAUGUAGAAUACGAAAAAUCGAAGCGAGAACAGAGAAUUAUAGAAAGUGAAUUGUAUAAAAAGCAAAUUGAAAAAAUAUGUUUGAAAUAAACCUAAAGAGAAAUUAAAGAGCUA